AUGGCCGCGCCAAACCAGCAGGACUAUACUCGGACGCCCGGCCAUCAGAGCACGCACACCACCUCGCCCCCAGGGACUAGCCCAACAUAUCCCGAGUAUCAGCAGCAGCAGCAGCAGCAGCAGCAGUGGAAUGAGCACAACUGUGGGGGCCUCGACGUCAACAAUGAUAAUGGCCUCCAGGUGAAUCCUCCUCCGGUCCCUGGGCUCGAGGUUCACCAGCCCGAAAGCCGGCUUGAGGUUAAUCAUGAGCGCAUGGGUCCGCAGUAUAUCGAGAGCCAGCCCAAUGUUCCGCCGAAUGUGAACAUGUACUCUAAGGACGGCAAGAUUCUCAGCGACGGCCAAGGCGGAUAUGCGGACGCGCCACCACCGCCGCCGCCGCCGACAAUAUGUGGUGUUCGCAAAAGGACCUUCUGGAUAAUAAUUGUCAUUGCUGCUGUCGUCGUGAUUGCCGCCGCAGUUGGUGGUGGAGUGGGAGGAUACUUCGCCCAACGCAACAAGAAUGCUGCUGCCGCUGCCGCCACCGCAGUUCCAAAGACAAGCCCGGUAUAUCAAAACUCAAGUAUAGCCGCUGUUCAAUGGAAGGACGGUUCUCAAAACAAUCAGUACAGAGUUUACUUUCAGCACAAUAACAGCAGGAUUAUAGAGGCAGCCUGGUCAGGGAACGCCUCGAACAACUGGAACGUAACUGCGAUCACCGACGACGGUGCUGAUAUCGUUCUAGGCACGUCCAUUACUACCGCUAUUAGAUACCCGCACGUUAACUCCAGCUAUGCCUUGGUGAAAAACGUCUACUACUCCGGAAAUACUGGCACCAUGUUCGAGCGGCAGUCCCCCUAUAAAGAGCAAGCUGGCGUCUGGGGCAACGACAACUUCAGUGGACUCUACACCACGUCCAAGGGCUCUUCCCUCCUAGCUUACUGGUACCAGAGCUUCGAUACUGUUUCCCAGAUUCUAGCUGUGCUGUUCCAGGAGCUGGGUGCCAAUUCGCUCACAAUCGGCAAGUACACGAGCAACAGCACGUACGACAGCCCUUGGGUAGACACGGCACAGAGUAUUGCCAUCCAGGAUGGUUCAUCCCUGGCCGUUCCCCCUAUCGGCAGCCGCCGAGACCUUCGUCUCUAUAUCGGCGACCCCAACGGGACACUGAAACAGUACCAGUAUAACCUGACGAGCGACGCCCUAACCAACCCGAUGUCAAGCACCUUCCAGUUCCCGCCGCACACGCCCAUCUGCGUGAGCACGCAGGACAACCGGCCGUACUACACGACGACGACGCUGCCCGAGUGCGCGAGCACGACGCAGGAGUACACGCACCUGAUCCUGUUCGCGUCGGUCGACGGGCACGACUUGUCGCUCGUGUCGUGGAACUGCUCGAGUGGCUUCACGGACCAGUGCAGCCGCAUCGCCGCCUUCCUCCGCCCCGGCCGCGCCUACCUCGCCCUCGCCAACACCCUCACCUCUUUCGACGACGCCGGCCAGCGCAUCUACGUCCUCUACGACGACGGCGCCGGCCCCGCCAUCGAGGAGUGGCAGGUCCCGCCCGGCGGCCAGCACGCCGACUGGAAGGUUCUCGGCUCCGUGCCCGUCAAUGUAACCGGGUCUUAA